GGCUUCUGCGCUUUCUCCGCGUCAUACAUGAACCUCUACAUCUAUCGGUUUCCUCGAAUGAAUCUUGGUCGCAGCCCCCAAGCUGAGCAACUGAUGAACUUCUGUCUUGCAUACUUGGAAGAGUUUCAACACGUGUGGAAGUUGGGAGAGGCUUGGGUGUCGACUCUUAAACAUGCAUCAAUCCUCUACCAGCGAGCUUCCACUGACAGGGGAAGAUACUUGGGGAAGUCACGGAUGGACUUCGAUCACCUUCACCAGUCGAUCCAUGAGUUCCGAGUCGUCGACCGAUCGAAUGAACACAUGCAGGAGAUUGAAGGAGCCGAAGGGGUGGUCUCAACGGCAACUUACGGUCCAUCUGUGGACCGAAUUGAUACUGGGACCGAGAUUGAGAAUCUUAGUGCACCAUUGAGGCGCGUGGUUGCAGUGGUGGCCUACAUUGGAGGAUGUUGAGCUUGCGCUAGAAUCAUGACGAGCGAUAAAUAGAUCACUCGCAGUCUUAUACUCUAGCGAAAACGCGUUUUGAAUACAUCAAUCGCAGGACAAUUGUGAAAAGCAGUCCGACAAUAGACGUAGCACCCGCAUAGUACGCCGCCGGUCGGUAUGACUCGAUAUUGUCCUCUUUGCCGGAGAGUGAAUAAAUACCGGACGCGAUAGGCGACCCAAAAAAGAAACCCACGAACCAUCCUGCCCAGAGAAUUGGGAGUAUACCAAGUGUGUUCUUACCACCGAACAUAGCGCCCACGAGGCUGGGAACUAGACUGAAAAACGCACCACAUCCGACGCCAUUCAAUACGAUGAAUAACGAUAAAACACCGGUCGUGCUAGAAAAAGGCCAGAUAACAAGGGCACUGAGUCCAGCUAAUGCGAGUGAGAG